UAUCCCCAAUCGGAUUCUGCUCUAAAUAAAAAAGCUCUAGUGUUUGUUUCAAACUUGGAAGCUAAAGAAAUGGAAGAUUACAUUUUCAAACUUGUGGCAAUCUCUUCUGCUUUGCUACUUCUUUAUCCCGUUAUCAGAGUUGUUCAUGUCAUCUGGUGGAGACCCAAAAGGCUUGAGAAGCAAUUGAGGCAGCAGGGGAUCAGAGGAACUUCUUACAAGCUUUUGCAUGGAGAUAUCAGAGAGAUUAAGAAGUGCACCGGGGAGGCAUGGUCCAAACCGAUGACCCUAGACCACCAGAUUUCGCCACGUGCCUUGCCAUUCUUUCAUCAAAUGCUACAAAAAUAUGGAAAACUCUGUGUAUUUUGGAAUGGAACAAGACCAAGAUUGAUGGUAGGGGACCCAGAGUUAAUGAGGUUGAUAUUAGCAGAUAAGAAUGGUCAUCUUGUAAAGAUGCCACUGAACCCUCUUGCGGCUAUGCUACAACUGGGUCUGUCAAACUUGGAAGGAGAGCCAUGGGCCAAACACAGAAAGCUUAUUACACCUGCUUUCCACCUAGAGAAGUUAAAGAGAAUGGUUCCAGCAUUUGAAACCAGUUGUUUUGGGCUGAUUGAUCGGUGGGAGAAAUUGAUUAGUCCUCAAGGAUCAGUUGAAAUAGAUGUAGCACCAGAACUCCAAAAUCUUGCUAGUGAUGCCAUAGCUCGGACAGCCUUUGGAAGCAGCUUUGAAGAGGGCAAAAGGAUAUUUGAACUUCUGAAUGAGCUGACCAAAUUGGUGCAUGAAUCCUUCCAAAAAAUUUACAUCCCAGGUUUCAGAUUCAUUCCCACUAAGCAGAACAAAAGGAGAUAUAAUAUGGUGAAGGAGAUCAAUGCAAUAUUAAGGGAUAUGAUCCGUAGGAAAGAGGAAGCAAUGAGAAUUAAUGGAGAUUCGGGCAACGAUGAUUUACUAGGCUUAUUGUUGCAAUGCAAAGAAGAAUCCGACAAUAAUGGUUUAACAAUUGAAGAUGUUAUAGAGGAGUGCAAGUUGUUCUACUUUGCCGGCCAAGAGACCACUGCCACCUUGCUCACAUGGACACUCAUUGUUCUAUCUAUGCAUCCCGAUUGGCAACAAAAGGCAAGGGACGAGGUGCAACACAUCUGUGCCAAGAGAUCACUUGAUUUCGAAGCCAUAAAUCAACUCAAGAUUGUUCCAACGAUAUUAUAUGAAGUCCUUCGACUAUACCCACCUCUGACUUCUCUCUAUCGACAUACUCGCCAGAAGAUCAAUAUUGGAGGCCUAUCCAUCCUUGCCGGGGUUGACUUGGUAUUACCGGUGCUACUUCUACAUAAUGAUCCAAAUUAUUGGGGCGAAGAUGUUGAAAAAUUCAAUCCUGAGAGAUUUUCUCAAGGCAUUUCGAAAGCAACAAAGGAUCAAAUUGCUUUCUAUCCAUUUGGUUGGGGUCCUAGAAUAUGUCUUGGCCAAAAUUUCGCCAUGGUAGAAGCAAAGAUGGCUCUAGCUAUGAUUCUUCAACAUUUCUCUUUUCAACUCUCACCAUCUUAUGCUCAUGCUCCUUGUACUGUCAUUACUCUUAAGCCACAAUAUGGUGCUCCAAUUAUACUGCACAGAAUCUAAGAUGUUUGAUUGCGCGGAGAUGAAUAAAUUCUGAUAUAUAUAGUUACAUAGGAAGAUGGAUUCUAUUGUAAAUUUUUAUUUUCGAGAGGAUGUUUGG